CGAGCGGGUCUCUUCGACUACGGGGCUUACUCCGACCUCGCGAACUUCGCGCUUCGAGUGGCCGGCACGGACGGCACCCUCAAAGUCCAGCUCUGGGGCGCCGACACGGACGUCGCGCUGUCGGGGUCCGACGACGGCGGCUGGCAUCACUACUGCCUGACCUACGACGGGUCGGCGUGGUACCUGUACUUCGACGGGAACGAGGCAGCUUAUGGCACGAGCGCGCUCGACACGGGCUCGGACCUCGCGCUUCGCAUCGGGGCAUGGGGGUACAGCGGCUACUUCGACGGCUCCAUCGACGAGGUCUACAUCUACUCGAGCGCGCUCGACGCGGCCUCGAUCCAGGUCCUCUACGACGUCGUGACGCCGCAGCCGACGGUGACGCCGCGGCCGACGCACGUGUCGCACUCGACGCUGGUCGCGCGCUACUCCUUCGACGACGGCACAGCCGCCGACGACAGCGACAGCAGCCUCGACGGGACGAUCAACGGCGCGACGGCGACGGCAGGUCUGUUUGGAAGCGUCGCGAUGGCCUUCGACGGCGUGGACGACUACGUCGAGUUCCCCUCGGCCGUGACCGCGGACAUCCAAGGGAGCAACGCGCGGACCAUCUGCUUGUGGGCGGUCAUCGAUUCCUUUAGCAGCGACGGGGGGCUCUUCGACUACGGGACCUCCUCCGACCUGCAGAACUUCGCGCUUCGAGUGGCCGGCACGGACGGCAGCCUCAAAGUACAGCUCUGGGCCGCCGACACGGACGUCGCGCUGUCGGGGUCCGACGACGGCGACUGGCAUCACUACUGCGUGACCUACGACGGGUCGGCAUGGUACCUGUACUUCGACGGGAACGAGGCAGGGUCUGGCACGAGCGCGGUCAACACGGGCUCGGACCGCGCGCUCCGCCUCGGGCAGUGGAACCUCGGAGACGACAAUGAGGGCUACCUCGACGGCUCCAUCGACGAGGUCUACGUCUACUCGAGCGCGCUCGACGCGGCCUCGAUCCAGGUCCUCUACGACGUCGUCACGGCCGCGCCGACGGUGACGCCGCUGCCGACGUCGAACUUCUUCCAGGCCACGCUGGUCGCGCACUACUCCUUCGACGACGGGACGGCCGCCGACGACGGCGACAACAGCCUCGACGGCACCAUCAGCGGCGCGACGGCGACGACGGGACAGUACGGGAUCGGCGGCGCGCUGUCCUUCGACGGGACGGACGACUACGUCGAGUUCCCCUCGGCUGUGACCGCGGACAUCCAAGGGAGCAACGCGCGGACCGUGUGUCUGUGGGCGGUCAUCAAUUCCUUCAGCAGCGACGGUAGCGAAUACGACCUCGGCGCGGGCCUCUUCGACUACGGGGAUUACUCCGACCUGGAGAACUUUGCGCUUCGAGUACACGGCACGGACGGCAGCCUCAGAGUCCAGCUCUGGGGCGCCGACACGGACGUCGCGCUGUCGGGGUCCGACGACGGCGACUGGCAUCACUACUGCCUGACCUACGACGGAUCGGACUGGGCCCUCUACUUCGACGGGACGCAGGCGGCGACGGGGACCGAAGCGUUGGACACGGGCUCGGACAACGCGCUCCGCCUCGGGCAGUGGAACAGUAAUUACUACCUCGACGGCUCCAUCGACGAGUUCUACGUCUACGCGAGCGCGCUCGACGCGGCGUCGAUCCAGGCCCUCUACGACGCCGUCACGGUCGCGCCGACGGUCACGCCGCUGCCGACGUCGCACUUCUUCCAGGCCACGCUCGUCGCGUACUACUCCUUCGACGAUGGCGAAGCCGAGGACGACUACGGCGAACUCGAUGGGACCAUCGAGGGCGCGACGGCGACGACGGGCCGCGACGGGAGCGGCGCGCUGUCCUUCGACGGCGUCGACGACUACGUCGAGUUUCCCUCGGCCGUGACGGCGGACAUCCUCGGGAACAGCGAUCGAACCCUGUGUCUGUGGCUGCAGCGCGACACGACCUCGUGGGAGGACGGCACGUUCUUCACCUACGGAGACGACGGCGUCGCCUACGGGUCCUUCGCGCUGAGGAGCAACUGCUGCUCGGAGAACGUCCUCGUGGAGCACCACGGCAACGACGACAACUGGGACCUGUCGGUCUCCGGUCUCGACGACGGCGGCUGGCACCACGUCUGCAUGACGUACGAAGACUCGGUCGGUACGAAAGUGUACUUCGACGCGUCUCUGGUCUCGACGACGGCCAUGACUCUCGACACGCAGUCGACCAACGCGCUCCGCGUCGGUGCGUACUUCGGUGGUUGGGUGUUCACGGGCGCCAUCGACGAGGUCUACGUCUACUCGAGCGCGCUCGACGCGGCCUCGAUCCAGGUCCUCUACGACGUCGUCACGGCCGCGCCGACGGUGACGCCGCUGCCGACGCACGUGUCCCACUCGACGCUAGUCGCGCACUACUCCUUCGACGAUGGCACGGCCGCCGAGGACAGCGACGGCAGCCUCGACGGGACGAUCAACGGCGCGACGGCGACGACGGGCCGCGACGGGAGCGGCGCGCUGUCCUUCGACGGGAGCGACGACUACGUCGAGUUCCCUUCGGCCGUGACGGCAGACAUCCUCGGGAACAGCGCGCGGACACUGUGCUUGUGGGCAUUGAUCGACGACUUCGACGGCGGCGCGCUCUUCUCGUACGACUCGAAUGCGGAUCAGAAGCGGUUCGGCUUCAUGACGGAGUCGACGGCCGGCGAGUUCCGGCUGCUCGGGUCUGGCGAGGACUACGACUUCCUGGACGUCGCGGCAUCCGGCUCCGACGACGGCGACUGGCACCACUACUGCCACACGUACGACGGAACGGACUGGCUGCUGUACUUCGAUGCGACGCUGGUUCACACCGAGACCGUGGCCCUCGACACCGGCUCCGACAACCCGCUGACGCUCGGA